AUGGGCUACUUAAAAGCGACUACCAACAGGGUCAAUCACGCCAACAAACGGCUCAAGAACGACAACAAACGGGUCAACGAAGCUACGAAUGGGUCAGAAACGAUUGUGAACGAGGCUACGGGCUACUUAAAAGCGAUUACCAAUAGGAUCAAUUACGUCAACAAACGGCUCAAGAACAACAACAAACGGGUCAAGAACAGCAGCGAAAUGAUGGCUCUUGAUGCUGAACCAUUCGCACUAGUUGAACGAAAAGGAUUUCAAAGGUUGAUGAAUUACUUAGCACCGCAGUAUCCAUUACCUUGUAGAACAUAUUUUUCCGAAAAAAUUAUGCCAUAUCUCUAUAAAAAUUUAAAAGCAUAUAUUAAAGAAAAAUUAAUUGCUGCGAAGAACAUAUCAUUCUCAACCGAUAUUUGGACUAGUCCAACAAAUAACGAAUCAUUCAUAAGCCUGACAGCUCAUUUCAUUCGAAGUGACGAUAUGAAUAGAGAAAUACUUGUACUCAGCGCGAAACACUUUCCUGGCAGUCAUACUGGUUCCAAUAUCGGCCAGAUAUUAAAUGAUGUGAUGGAAGAAUGGCAAAUAAGUUCUAGUCAAAUUCAUCUCAUUUUAAGGGAUAAUGCUUCUAACAUGAUUAUAGGAACUGGUACGCAUUUUUAUUUUUAA